CAACGAGCCUCCGAGUACGCGUUACGAGGUUGGGUUAAGAAUACCCCCUGCGGAAGGGUUGUUGAAGGAGAAGCUCAAGGUCCGGAAGAGUCAAUCCAGAAGUUCGUCCAGGAUCUUGAUAAGGGACCUCGCCUGGCCCAUGUAGUGAAACUGGAAAAGAAGGAGCUGGAAGUGAAAGGAGAUGACGACGAGGAGGGACAUUUCGGAGUGAAGAGGACAUCCGAGACUAUAUUUGAAUCUCUUUAA